CUUGAUUUCAGCAGGUGCAGAUCCAAUAUCGCAAUUGCCUCUGCAUCUGUUAGCCUUUUAAUAAAAAUAUAUAAAAUUGCCUCUUUUUUGUUCCUCAAUCGAAUAGCCCAGUGUUAGAUUUGAAAGCUUUAUAGUCGAAAAUUCAGGUGGUUUUGUUUCUUGUUUUGGGUAUUCCGGGGUAGAUUUGAGGGGGGAAAAGAUUGAUACUUUGGGAAAGAAUUGAGAAAUGCCGUCGUUGGAGGAGGAGCUGUUCCCGUCGACGCCGGGGAAGUUCAAGGAGAGGCACACAAUGAAUCGGAUGGUCCACCGGUGCUGCGCGUCGACGAGUACGAUGUUUCUUUGGGCGCUGUUCUUGAUUGCUCUGACGGCGUCGUAUCUGAGUUUUCAGUCGUUCAUGGAUUCCGGCAGCCGGUAUUUCUCCUCCACGUGGGGCGGGCUCCAUUGGGAGAGACAGGUACGCGCCUCCGCUCAGAUCCGGCGCCACAACGGGAUGUCGGUGUUGGUAACCGGCGCCGCCGGAUUCGUCGGGAGCCACGUGUCCCUGGCCCUGAAAAAGCGCGGCGACGGGGUGGUGGGGCUGGACAACUUCAACGACUACUACGACCCGUCGCUGAAGAAAUCGCGGCGGGAAUUGCUCGGCGCGCAGGGGAUCUUCGUGGUGGAGGCCGACGUCGACGACGGCCGUUUGUUGGCCAAGCUUUUUGAAAUGGUGGCGUUCACGCACGUGAUGCAUUUGGCGGCGCAGGCGGGGGUGAGAUAUGCGAUGGAGAAUCCCCACUCGUAUGUCCACAGCAACAUCGCCGCCCUCGUCACGCUCCUCGAGGCCUGCAAGGCGGCGGAGCCGCAGCCCGCCGUCGUCUGGGCGAGCUCGAGUUCCGUUUACGGGUUAAACGAGAAGGUACCGUUUUCCGAGUCGGAUCGGACGGAUCAACCCGCUUCUCUCUACGCCGCCACCAAGAAAGCCGGCGAGGAAAUUACCCACACCUAUAACCACAUCUACGGCCUUUCCAUCACGGGCCUCCGAUUCUUCACCGUCUACGGCCCGUGGGGAAGGCCCGACAUGGCGUACUUCUCAUUCACCCGGAAUAUUCUCCAAGGAAAGCCCAUCACCAUUUACCGGGGCAAGAACCGGGCCGACUUGGCCCGAGACUUCACUUACAUUGACGAUAUCGUGAAAGGGUGCGUGGCGUCGCUGGAUACUGCGGGCCGGAGUACCGGGUCGGGCGGGAAGAAACGGGGCCCGGCUCCGUAUCGGAUCUUUAAUCUGGGCAAUACUUCGCCCGUUACAGUGCCCAUGAUGGUAGGGAUAUUAGAGAAGCAUCUGAAGGUAAAGGCGAAGAAAACCGUCCUGGAAAUGCCCGGAAACGGCGACGUUCCGUUCACGCACGCCAAUAUCAGCUCGGCCCGAAGAGAGCUCGGGUAUAAGCCCACAACCGAUUUGCAAACCGGGCUGAAGAAGUUCGUUAAAUGGUAUCUCUCCUAUUACGGCUACAAUCAAGGCAGGUCUGGAAAGGGAUUUCGUUGAGUUUUUUUUUUUUUUUUUUAGGUUUCGUAUUUUCCAAAAUUGUUGCAAUUUUUUAUUUUUAUUUUUAAAAUUUCAAGAGAGAGGUAAGUCUGAUCUGAAGAAAUUCCUAGUAAAGAAAAAAUGAAAAAUUCUUUUCUUGCUGUGGGGUGCGUAGUGGUUAAGAUGACAGCUCAUCCCAAUUUUUAGAUUUUUUAUUUUUAUUAUUUCUUUGUGUAAAGGGAUAAUAUUACUACAAAGGGUUCCUCAAUUUUAGGCCCCACGUUAACGCAUA